AUGAGCCCUGCUUUCUCCAUGUACCAACCCUACCGUGUCGGAUCAAGUACUGCCUUGGACAAGACUUUCACUGCUGAGAGUGAUGGCAACAAAUAUCCAGAGACAAAACGACCGAGGCGAUCGAUACAAGAUCCUAUCGAGGACGAUGCGCAAGAGAGAAUGGCUGAAUAUCACGUGCAGGAAGAUCGAUGUUAUCGAACCCAACCUGCUCCUCUGUGGUCCGCGUCUCGAGUAAGAGGACUUGAGGCUCAUUCAUAUACGGAUGGCAUUCUUAGAAUGUUAGUUGAUGAGAAUGAGAGCGAACUUGUCAACAAUAAGAAUAGUCUGAGGGAGCAAGAUAGAGAAAAGCAGGGGAGUGUGCGACUUCCGAAAAGCGCUGCUGGGAAUGAAGCAUCCAGGAUGAACUCCAAAUUCUUCGCCAACAUGUCGCACGAACUUCGGACGCCUGUCGCUGGAAUGAUUGGUAUGGUUGAGCUUCUAAUGGAAACGAACCUAGACGCUGAACAAAAAGAGUGUGUAGAGAACAUCCAGCAAUCAGCGAGCGAGCUGUUGACGGUGAUCAACGACAUUCUGGAUUUCACAACACUGGGUUCUGGGAGAUUUGGGGUGGAUUCAGUGAGUUUCAGUCUUCUUGGCCUGCUGGAGGAUGUCAACCAGAGAAUGUCCCGUGCAGCACAAAAGAAGAAUGUCGCAUACGAAAGCCUCAUUCAGCCAGAACUGGAACGGGACUUCAGUGUUAUCGGAACCCCUGACAGACUUCGGCAAGUUCUGAUCAAUGUUAUCGAUAACAGUGUCAAGUUUACCUCCGAAGGCACUAUUAGGCUUUAUGCGUCGGUGGCGAAUGAGAACGAGGAGAGGAUCUCUGUUCGAUUCGUUGUGGAAGAUACUGGGAUCGGGAUCGGAACGGAGAUACAAGAGCGAAUUUUUCAGCCGUUUUGUCAGGUUGACUCAUCUACAACUCGUCCGUUUGGGGGGAUAGGCCUUGGAUUGCCGAUCACUAAGACUCUUGUUGAGCUUAUGCGCGGGCAGAUCACUUUGAGAUCAGAGCUUGGCUACGGGACCCUUGUCGAUUUCUGGAUUCCCUUCGGCAAGUGCUCAAAUGGUAAAGAUGAAUCGCCAUUGGCAAAGCUUGCUUCAGCGUCAUAUCCUCUGCGAUCAGAUGUGUCGGUAGCACGCAGAAGCCUUGAAUAUUACAACAACCCCACUCUGGCUUCCGACUUGUUCAAUCAUACUGUCCAGAAACUCCAUGGCUGGGAGGAUCUGUCAAUAACUUCUUCUGGUCACGAUGAUUUGUCUGCUCAUUUGCCAAAUCUAUCCAAGGAAAAGAGGGGGGGAAUUCAUAUCCUGGUUGUCGAAGACAAGUAA